GAGUUGGGAGCUCUCUCUUUCUGCGGCCAGUUCGCCCUGACAGCCGACACUGGCGCAGAGUCUCAAUCCAAACCUUUACCGUAUUUUUUUUUUAUUGCAUACAACGAAAACCCCCAGGCGCAGUUUCCACGCACACUCUUCCGGAGACAAGCGUCGGAUCAGCCUCGUCUAGAAUGGGGAACCGAGACGAUGAAUACGAUUUCUUGUUCAAAGUUGUGUUAAUCGGAGACUCGGGUGUAGGGAAAAGCAACCUGCUCUCCCGAUUCACACGAAAUGAGUUCAACCUAGAGAGUAAGAGCACUAUCGGGGUGGAGUUCGCCACACGCAGCAUUCAGGUGGACGGCAAGACGAUAAAGGCUCAGAUCUGGGAUACAGCAGGGCAGGAGCGUUACAGAGCCAUCACCUCGGCAUACUAUAGAGGGGCGGUGGGGGCGCUGUUAGUGUAUGACAUAGCCAAACAUCUGACCUAUGAAAAUGUGGAGCGCUGGCUGAAGGAGCUGAGGGACCACGCGGACAACAACAUCGUCAUCAUGCUGGUUGGAAACAAAAGCGACCUGCGCCACCUCAGGGCUGUGCCCACAGACGAGGCCCGGGCCUUCGCAGAGAAGAACAAUCUGUCAUUCAUUGAAACUUCAGCCUUGGACUCAACAAAUGUUGAAGAAGCCUUCAAGAAUAUUCUUACAGAAAUCUACCGCAUCGUAUCGCAGAAACAGAUUGCUGAGCGGUCUGCCCACGACGAAUCCCCAGGAAACAAUGUGGUGGACAUCAGCGUGCCACCGACCACGGACGGCCAGAGGGGGAGCAAACUGCAGUGCUGUCAGAACCUGUAACCCAUGGCAACCGUCCCUCCUCACCUGGGUCGAUUAUUAAUUGAAAUCCAGAGUGCUGGUAUGCUUCCAUCUGCCUGGGGCACAAUAUCGUCUGUACGUGCACUUUUUAGAUCAAUGGAAUCAGUUCCAUUAUGCCACAAGUGAUCAAUCCCAGAAAGAAGUGUUUGAAUUGAUUUCAAAUCAUAAUCUGACCCGGGUCUGCUACGUUCUAGUGCAAAAACAGGACUGAUGGUACUGCACAAGUAGCUACCACAGUUAUCCAGGAUAGUGUAGCAGAUAGCCUCGCCUGAGACCUUGUAAGCCUCGACAUCUCCCCUGCAGAUGCUGGAGGCCUGGGUCUGAAUCCUGCCUGUUUCAGUUUGUACCUGCAGUCCUGUUUUUGGGCUCUCUCUCUCCUUGUUCAGUCAUCAUCUCAAAAGUGGUUUUGACGCUGCUGAUGCUCAUUUCAUUUUGUGUAAAAUAUAUUCUUUUUUUUUUGUUUUGAUUUUGAUAGCUUGUCUGCUCACAUACAUUAUAUUAAUGCCAUGAAAUUAAAUUUUACAAUAUUA